GAUAAGUCCCGGUGCUUAUCAAUAAAUAGAAUCUUGGUUAAAGAAAUAGAGGCCGACGUAAGAGCUUUGGUGAGAUUGAGGUAGACAAUGAGCUGAGGAGGAUUUCAAACGGUUUGUAAUCCGCACCUAAAGAGGCAGCUCAUAUAGUUGCACCGAACCGAACUAAAGUAUCUGCCACUGCAUGUGAGGAUUGGCCAGAAGAGAAAUCGAGCAGGGGAUGACUACAGAUUUACGGGCGACUAAUGCAUAGCAGCGUGAUGUCAGGCGUAGCGUAAUCCGGGGACUGACAGAGGAGAGGAGUCCGUCUCACUCAUUGGCUAAUCUGCUAUCGAGUGCCCUGUUAUACUACAUAUAGGGAAGACGAGCAAGAUGAAAUACUCCGCAUCCCAUGUAAGAUAUGCAUAUACCUAAGAGAAUGCGACUCUAGCAUCACGGGGACGGAGUGUAGGUCCUAAGGACUUAUCUCGAGCCUAAACCGCUUAUAUCGAAAAGACCUAGGAUCUGAGCCCUUAUAUCAAGCUGGACUCAACAUGUCCCGAGGGGAGACCUCGAGCUAAGCGUCUUUGAUCUUCUUAACAUACCGCCCCUUAUUACUAGCACCAUGCGCGUGGCAGUUAUUGGUGCCGGCCCUUCGGGUCUGGUGACGCUCAAGUAUCUUAAGACGGCUCACCAUUUCUUCCCUGGCAAGCCCGUCGAGGCUGUGCUGUUUGAAUCCGAGUCUGUGGUUGGCGGGACCUUCGCGCAGCGUGCAUACGAGGACGCCGAGCUGGUCUCGUCUAAAUUCCUCACAUCUUUCUCUGAUUUCAGGGCGCAUGAGAACGACCCCGAUUUCCUCUCCGCCGACAGUUUCGUACAAUAUCUUAACGACUACUGUGACAACUUCAAUCUCUGGCCCGAUAUUAAUCUUUCAACCAAGGUCGUGGCUGUCAAGAGGCGCCCCGGAGGCGGCCACAUCAUUUACUACCAGAAGGCAGACGAUACUAAUGUAGAAGUUUCGACAUACGAAUGCGAUGCCGUCGCCGUCUGUACCGGCCUGCACGUGGUUCCUAACGUCCCAAACCUUCCCGGUAUCGAGAAUAUCCCGGUUGUCAAGCACUCGUCCGAGUUUAAGAAGCGUGAAGAGUUUGGUCGCGAUAAGACGGUCGUCAUCCUAGGCUCCGGUGAGACUGGCAUUGACAUCGCCCACCUUGCCGUAACCUCACCGACGAAGCUCGUGGUCCUCACUCACCGAGACGGUUUCCUCGGAGCACCCAAGGUUAUUCCUAACCCUGUGUGGUUCCCUAUUUUUGGGCGUAAGGCCAACCCUAACCGCAGAGAGCUUCCUGUCGACGUUAGCUGGCAGGCACCUCUCUUCGACUCGAUGUACUUACACCCCCUGAUUCGAGACACUCUCUUCACGUGGAAUGUUUACGAUUGGGGUGUCAAGGCAACUAACUGGCUCGUCUCUGGCACAGUAGCCGGUAUUGACCAAUGGGUCGGAGGCAUCUCCAAGGAGCGAUACCACGUCUCUAAGCUCUUCUUCAACAAGGGUGCGCCUAAAGCCCUGCCUUAUAUUAGUGCUCCCUAUCGCCCGACUAACCCGGGUGUCAUCGAACGGAUCCGCCGCUCCAUCCUCCAAGCGCCCGUCGAUAAGGUCGAAGGAGACCGUAUAAUCGAGCUAGCGCCGUGGCCGACGCAUGUUGAUGCCUCGGGAACGAUCCACUUUAAGAAUAACGGACGCCCCGAGUACUCUAGGAUGCAGGAUAUCGGACCUACCAAACCUGAUGUCCUAGUCUUCGCUACCGGCUACCGUCAGGAGUUUCCGUUUUUCCAAACCCAGGGCCGAGAGAGCUACCCGGUACCUGGAAGCGCGGAUGUCCGGUCAAUCUGGAGCCGCGCGGACCCGAGCGUCGGGUUCAUCGGUUUCGUACGUCCUGGAUAUGGUGCUAUUCCCCCGCUCGCCGAGCUACAGGCUCAACUGUGGCUGUUGAACCUCAUGGUACCCGAACGCACGGCUAAUCUGCGUGAUGCCGAUGACCAUCACUUCCGCCUUCGAUCCAGCCAGAAUUCACGUAUCAACUACGGCGUCGAUCAUGAAACUUAUGCCUAUCAGCUGGCGCUCGAUAUAGGCUCCGCCCCGACCUUCUGGGAUGCCGUACGGGCUGGGUGGUCUGCAUCCCGGUACCAGUCUAACCUAUGGUAUCGCAUCCCGAUCAUCUGGGCAGCGGGUGCUCAGCUCAACCCCAAGUUUCGCCUUAAGGGCCCGUACUCCUGGGACGGUGCUACUCACGUCCUUGGUAACGAGCUCUGGCAAACAAUCUCUCGCCGCCAUGGCAUGUUUGGGAACUUCUUCCUAGCCGUCGUCCCAAUCACCCUCCUGGGUGUAUUCAGCCUGUUCUUGUACCUUGUUGGGCUUAUUUUGCUGCUGGCCAAGGUGGUAACUUGGCCCGUUACCGCACCCUUCCGUCGCAGCACACGUGGUGUUGUUAGGCUUGAAGAGGGUCGCAAGUAUACCAAGAUGGAAUCUUGAAGAGCGGACUAAUAAUCUCAUUUGCUAGGGUAUUGGUGUAUUUUCGAUUUGAACUUUGAGGCACACUAGAUCAAGUAAAUAUCCAGCUAAGGUAGAAUUUACUACAGGCGUGCCUAAUGAAGGAUUUCCAGUUUGAUUCAAAUACUCUAACGGGUGAGGGAAAAUGAAAUAGAUACCGCUCGGUCCGGCUAAUACGGUGUAGCAGCCAGUAAUCUAUCUACCCUUCCACCUAGUGAUAAACCCGAACGACUUAAUUGGCUAAUAGAAUGUUGUACUAUGAAGUCAU